AUGAACUUGAAGAACCUGGCCCGGCUGUACUACCAGUACCUCCUCAUCACCGCCAUCUACGUGCUGGAGCCUUGGGAACAGUCCAUCUACAACUCGGUGCUCCUCUCCGCCGUCGCCAUGGUGAUCUACACCUCCUAUGUGUUUGUGCCCAUCCACCUGUGCCUGGCGCUGAAGUUCUUCUCGGGCGUCUGCGGCGGGCAGCCAGAGAGCACCAUGGCCCUCAUCAACUGAAUGGGAUCUAUCUGAGGAUGUGGGGUCUUUGGCAACUCAAGCGUGUCCAUGGCUCAAACAUCCAGUGGCAAUCAGCACAAGAGUUUUACCAGAAA